AUGGCCGAAAACGCCCUGAAGUCGCAGAAGCGCAUUCUCACCGAUGCCACGAUGACCACCGGAAACCUACUACCAAAUAAUACGCCCAAGAAACGUAAACUCGAUGUCGACGAGCCUUCUACGCGCUUGAAUGUGCCCCCUCGAAGCAGCGCCCCUAAGAGUUUCGGGUCAAGCCAAAUGCAACAGAAAAGUCGAUUCGAAGAGGAUCUCGAGAAAUUAACUCAAGAUAUCAACGGGUUAAAGGAGUCUAAUGCAGAAAAGGAUCAACAAUGGGAUCGUCCACCGCUAGGUGAUUUUGAUUAUACAAAGGACAAUUUGUGUUUUCAGCAGAUUGAUGUCGAAGAGGGGGAAUCAAAUGGUCGUACUGCGGUGAAGCUUUUCGGCGUCACUGAGAAAGGAAACUCUGUCCUUCUCCAUGUUGAAGGCUUUCGCCAUUAUCUCUAUAUUGCGGCCCCGGUCGGAUUCCACCCUGAGGACGUUAAGCCAUAUACCAGUUUCUUAGAACAGAGGUUCGGAAUGCAUGAGCGCAUGAUCCAUUCAGUAAAUCUAGCGCAGAAAGAAAAUCUCUAUGGCUUCCAAGGGAAUCUAAAGUCAUGGUAUAUCAAGAUCACUGUGACCGACCCGAAACAUAUCAGCAGACUACGAAACGGUCUCGAAAAGAGUAUCGCGAAUUACAACUAUAAAGGACUCUGGCCAUCAGGGGAUGACGGUGGUGUAGUGACAUUUGAUAACAUCCAAUACGUGUUGAGGUUCAUGAUUGACACAGGGAUUUCGGGCAUGUCCUGGGUAGAAGCCAAAGCUGGGGACUACGAACUUGUGCCGGAAGCGAAGCGACAAUCAAAUUGUCAGAUUGAGGCGUUUAUGCCCUACACCAGCCUUGUUGCACAUUCACACGAUGGAGAAUGGGCGAAAAUGGCGCCUUUGCGGAUUUUGUCCUUUGAUAUUGAAUGUGCUGGUCGAAAAGGAAUCUUCCCAGAACCGAACCAAGAUCCUGUCAUUCAAAUCGCGAAUGUCGUCACUCGCUACGGAGAAUCAAAACCGUUUGUUCGAAAUGUGUUUGUUUUGGAUACGUGCAGUCUGAUUGUCAACACUCAGAUCUUUGAAUUCAAAGACGAAGCAAAGAUGCUUGCAGCCUGGCAACAAUUUGUUCAAAAAGUUGAUCCGGACGUCAUCAUUGGAUACAACAUUGCAAACUUCGAUUUUCCAUACCUACUUGACCGCGCAAAACACCUGAAGUGUCAAUCGUUUCCAUACUUGACGAGAUUGCCUCAAAUAAAGUCAGAAGCAAAGGAAACGAACUUUUCCAGCAAACAGAUGGGAAACCGUGACACAAAAUCAACAAAUACGAAUGGCAGAAUCCAACUUGACCUUCUUCAGUUAGUUCAACGAGACCAUCAGCUUCGAAGCUACACCUUGAACUCCGUCUGCGCUGAAUUCCUGGGGGAGCAGAAAGAAGACGUUCACCAUACCAUUAUCACAGAACUUUUCAACGGUACUCCAGACUCCAGAAGACGGUUGGCUGUUUAUUGCUUGAAAGAUGCGUACCUUCCACAGAGAUUGAUGGAUAAGUUGAUGUGUCUCGUCAAUUACACCGAGAUGGCUAGGGUCACAGGUGUGCCCUUCAAUUAUCUCUUGUCUCGUGGUCAGCAAGUCAAGUUUAUCAGUCAAAUUUUCCGCAAAGCUCGAACGGAACAAUUGGUCAUUCCGAAUCUGAGCAAACAGGAUGACGGAGAUUACGAGGGAGCUACGGUCAUUGAGCCUAUUCGAGGUUACUAUGACGUGCCUGUAGCGACUCUCGAUUUCGCGUCUCUAUACCCGUCUAUUAUCCAAGCUCACAACUUGUGUUACACUACCCUUUUGAACAAACACAAAGUAGAGCAUUUCAACCUCAAAAAGGAUGAGGAUUACAUUGUCACGCCCAAUGGUGAUAUGUUUUGUACUACCAAGGUUCGGAAGGGAUUGUUGUCUCAGAUUCUGGAAGAGCUUUUGGGUGCACGUAAAAGGGCAAAGAAAGAAUUAGCCGUGGAAAAGGACCCUUUCAAAAAGGCGGUUCUGAACGGUCGUCAGCUUGCACUGAAAGUCAGCGCCAACAGUGUGUACGGUUUGACGGGUGCGACAGUUGGCAAACUUCCUUGUCUGGAGAUUGCUAGUAGUACUACUAGUUACGGUCGACAGAUGAUCGAAAAGACCAAGGCUGAAGUCGAAGCGAAGUACACCAUCGCGAACGGUUAUUCUCAUGACGCUCAAGUUAUUUAUGGAGACACUGACUCUGUGAUGGUUAAAUUCGGUGUUCGAACACUUGAAGAAGCGAUGAAACUAGGCGAGGAGGCUGCCGAUUAUGUGUCAUCGAAAUUCAUCAAGCCAAUCAAGCUGGAGUUUGAAAAGGUUUACUUUCCGUACCUGCUGAUCAACAAAAAGCGUUACGCUGGACUUUAUUGGACCAACACAAAGAAGUACGAUAAAAUGGAUACCAAGGGUAUUGAAACCGUUCGACGAGACAACUGUCGACUUGUACAAACAGUCAUCGAGACGGUGCUGAAUAAGAUUUUGAUCGACCGAGAUAUCAACGGCGCGCAAGAUUAUGUCAAGAAUAUGAUAUCCGAUCUUCUGCAGAACAAAGUGGACUUGUCUAAAUUGGUGAUCACCAAAGCGUUGUCGAAAUCAGACUACACCGCCAAACAAGCUCAUGUUGAGCUCGCUGAGCGUAUGCGCAAGCGCGAUGCUGGGUCCGCGCCAACACUAGGUGAUCGUGUGGCCUAUGUUAUUGUUAAGGGUGCUGGAGGAUCGAAAAAUUACGAAAAAUCCGAGGAUCCCAUCUAUGUUUUAGAAAACAACAUUCCUAUCGACACCAAGUAUUACCUCGACAAUCAGCUGGCCAAUCCCCUCGGCCGUAUCUUUGAACCUAUUUUGGGUGAGAAGAAGGCAGCACAACUGCUUACUGGCGAGCACACUCGAUCCAUUUCUGUCGCCGCACCCACUCUGGGCGGCCUGAUGAAAUUUGCAAAGAAGACGCAAACCUGUAUGGGAUGCAAGAAGCCUUUGGUUGGAAAAGAUGAAAUGGCCGGAGCUGUUUGCGAGAAUUGCCGACCAAGGCUAGGUGAGUUGUACGCCAGAACGUUGAAGAAGACAUCUGAUCUCGAGGUCCGGUUUGGCCGUUUAUGGACACAGUGUCAACGCUGCCAAGGCAGUUUGCAUUGCGAGGUCAUCUGCUCAGCGCGAGACUGUCCUAUUUUCUAUAUGCGCAUGAAGGCCAAGAAGGACGUCGAGGAUGCAGAAAAGGAAUUGAUGAGGUUUGAUCAUGAUCUCGGCGCAUGGUAG